AAUAUAGAGCAAAGUGUGCAGGCCGGACUUUUUUUCGAGCCAUUCGAUUCAGCGAGUGGAGGCUUUUUCCUUGGUUUCUUUUUUCCUUCGGAGUUUGUUUCAUUUUAGUUGUUGGUUGUUUGCUGAUCAGAAAGUUUCCCUGAUUCAUUUUCCAGUUACAGUUGUUUUUGUUCUUUUUGUUUUGUUGGUUGGUUUUCAAGUUUUUUCUUUUUCUCUGUCCUUUCUCUUUUUAUUAUUUUCAUCCUAUACGAGUGCCUACAUAAAAGAAAGAUGGGGCUCUUGGGAUCAAUAAGUGCUUUUGUAUACGGCCAACAGCCCAAAUCACAUGAAAAGAAAAAGAACUAUACGUUUUCCGACGUGAUAGGCAGCGGAUCCUUUGGCUCUGUAAAGAAAGCCACUCGAAACAGUGAUGGUAAAGAAGUAGCUAUUAAAAUUAUCCCGAAAAAGAAGGUAGAGAAUCAUUUUGAUAUGGUGAAAGCAGAGAUAUCCGUCAUGGAAAAUUUGGAGCAUCCAAAUGUUAUUCAUCUUUACGAUUCGUUCGAAUCGAGAAAAAGCACGUUCCUUUAUGCCCUCAUGAAACAGUCCGUUUCAACUUGUUCUAUUCCUUUGAACAGAGACAAAUUCUAUAUUGUGUUUGAGCUUGCGACAGGCGGUGAAUUAUUUGAUCGAUUAUUUGAACGUGGAAAGUUUAGCGAAAAGGAUGCUACUGUCAUUGUAAAGUCCAUUCUGAGAGGGUUGGAAUAUAUCCAUCAGCAUAACGUUGUUCAUAGAGAUAUGAAGCCUGAAAACUUACUCUUCAGAAACCGUGAUUCCGAUGCAGAUUUGCUUAUUUGUGAUUUUGGUAUUGCUAAACUAAGUAACGAAAUAUCCAGUUUGGACGAGAUUUGCGGAUCACCGGGCUAUGUUGCUCCCGAAGUCUUAUUACAAGAGGGCUACGGCGCUCCUGUCGAUAUGUGGGCCAUGGGUGUCAUUACCUAUACAUUACUGUGCGGAUAUUUGCCUUUUCAAGCUGAAGAUCAGGCUCAACUCAUCGAUGAAAUCACACAUGCCAGAUAUGAUUUUCACGAAAGAUACUGGAGAAACAUAUCGCUGGAUGCAAAGAAUUUUAUCCGUUCUCUUCUUCAUCUGAAUGCAAAAGAAAGAUUAACAGCUACACAAGCGUUGCAACAUAAGUGGCUGACGGGCAAAGAAGCGACCGAUGUCGAUAUUUUGAGUAGUGUACGAGAAAAUUUCAAUGCUCGUAAAGUCUUGAAGGGCGCGGUAGGUGCUGUUCAAGCCAUGAAUCGACUACAAAAAUCGGCGUCUGUGCACAAUGAAGAAGCAGAUGUGAAAAAGGCCGCGACAGACGUUUUCGCGAAACUCCUUGCAAAGCAAAGAUCAGAAAAGCAACAACAACAACAACAGCAGCAGCAGUAGCAGUAGCAGCAGUAGCAACAGUAGCAACAGACAACAGUAG